UCUCCCCAACAGGCAAAGCGACCGCGUAUCUCUCUUUCUCUGUCGCUCGCUCUCGAAGCUGCAAGAACACACGGUCCACAUGGCCAUGUGCUCGGCUUAACCAGCUGGGUUUCAUUCAAAAUUUCUACCAUUUCUUUAAUGAUUCCCCCGUCGGCAUUCGUUUACACGUUUACAAUACAGACAUUCGCCUUCACUGCCUUCUGGCUUCUGCAGACCAGAGAGAAUCCAGACAAAAUCCAUUACGCAAGCUACCCUCACCAUUUCUGAAACACAAAUCUGAUUCUUGUUCUUCUUUUUGUUUCGAGAGCUUCUUCGUUUGGGGUGAAUUGGGUUGUUCGGGAGGUCAGAUGUGAAAGCCCCAAAAAUGGUGGGCAUUUUCUCCCGAUUUUCCAGCAACAGGAACGGCCACCGCCGAUCCCAAAGUGCACUUGAAGAGAGGGAAGUAGUACCCCCCAAUUUAGAGGAAGGUGCUGCAUCAGCCACCGGUCAUGGGAUUGAAGUUGCAGUAGAGUUUAAGCCACUUGAACACCCUGCUGAACCUCUUGACAAUGAUCGACCAAUUCAGUGCCCACUACCUGAACCUUCAAUUUUGAAUGAUGGACGAAUUUGGAAGGAGCGAGCAUCUGCAGGUGUACGAAGGCGGCCCGACUUGCCAGUUAUGCAGCAGAGAACCCCCACUGAAUCUGAUGCGUCCCAGCCAAAACCAUGGCCCCAUACCAACCGCGGGAUUCUACCAUCUAGCAGUGCACCCGAACCUGAUAUCCUGAAAUUUCUUGAAGAAUAUAACGCAUCUGGGAUAUAGGCUUUCAUAAUUGUUGUAUAAAAAUCACAAACUUAUAUGACCUUUCUUUCCGGUUCCUCUACCGUCUCAGUCAGUUACUUGAAAUUUGAAAAUACAUGUUUCCAAAUGUACUAUUGCGACACCGUAUGAAUGUACAUCAACAGACAAUUGAAACCUUUUGAAUUUAUCGAUUAGCUGAUGACACUGCAACAAGAUUGAGUUUUUCAUUUAAUUUUUAUAUGGCACUAGGAUUUCAUUGAUUGAGUUCUUUCAGGUUUCGUGGAUUCAGUGAAUCGAUGUGAUCCAGAUUGUUGUCUUUCAGAGGUUUGAUUGUUCAGGGAAAUAACACAGCAUAACUUUUCGUAUAAAUUUUGUUUCAGCCUGAACAAUAUACACAUUCACAAGUACUUAAUGCUGACAGAGUUCAACUGCUGCAGGUGGAAGGGCGAUGGGUACACAAACCCGACAGUAGAAUCCGACUGUCCAGACAGAUGAUUAGACGGGCAAUUCGCGAACUUGGAAUGGAUGCUCGGCUGUUGGGUUGACGAGGUGCUUCCGAGGCCCGCGAAGGCUUCCAUGGUUCAUCCAUGGCUUCCUCUGCCACACGCAUUUCCGGUCCUGGCCAUGCUUCUCUUCUGGUUCCGGGACUCCAGCAGCAACAGGAGCUGAAUGCAGCAGCAGCAGUAGCAAUUCGGAAGAGGCGAGGAGGAAGAGCAAAAGAGCAAGCGAGGUAAACAAGGCUCUUCCCCGUGCCAUUUUAAGACACUUGUGUUUUAGGCCUUUGUGGUGGGGUUUGGACAUAUAUAGAGGCUCUUGGGGGGUACAUUUGCUUUGGGAAUACUUACACUUUGGCCCCAUCUACCAUGAUUCACUAAUACUUUACCCCUAAACAAAAAGGUCUCCACACGUUACAGACAACUAUUAAUCCCAGGAAUGAAUAGAAAAUAAUCACGUGACACCCA